UUUUCCCUCCAUAAAAUGUCCGCGCUGCCGAAAGUCGACAUAGAUCAGCCGAAAUUCGAUCAGAGCACGUAUAUUGGACGCUUCAAGCACUUCUUCUUGCUCACCAAUCCGCUGAACUUGCUCGCUAGCAGCGCCGAAUUAGAGCGUUCGCAACGCGUCGUCCGGAACUACCGCGCCGGCAAAGAUGUAACGAGUGACGUAAGCACACUUGACGAACUGUGGCAUGCUAAAUACAUAUACGAUUCAGCAUUUCAUCCGGAAACGGGCGAAAAGUCACCGCUCAUUGGACGCAUGUCGGCACAAAUGCCCAUGAACACACUCAUUACGGGUUGUAUGCUCUCUUUUCACAAGAGUACGAGCGCCGUUGUCUUCUGGCAGUGGUUCAAUCAGACCUUUAAUGCCAUCGUGAAUUAUACCAAUCGCUCGGGUUCUUCUAAGCUCACCACUGCCGAUUUGGUUAAGUGCUAUUGUUUAGGUACAGGUGGCGCCUUGGGCACCGCCUUGUCGCUCAAUCGACUUACAGCGAAUAUGCCACCGCUUAUCGGACGUCUGGUGCCGUUCGUGGCCAUUUCGGCGGCGAAUUGCAUUAAUGUGCCUAUGAUGCGUUCACACGAAAUACGCAAUGGUGUGGUGCUGCUGAAUGAGCAGGGGCGUGAAGUGGGCGUGUCGAAGCGUGCCGCCAUCACGGGUAUUGCGUUGGUCGUGCUGAGUCGCAUUGCUAUGGCCAUACCCGGUAUGACCUUCACUCCGGUACUAAUCGAUAAGUUGGAUAAGCCAGGCAAGUUACUCUAUCGCUUGCCUUGGCUAAACCCACCGCUGCAAACGGCACUUUGUGGUCUGCUGCUGAUAUUUGCUACACCGAUGGGUUGUGCGCUGUGGCCGCAGAAAAUGAAUAUCAAAGUGGAAAAAUUGGAGGACGAGGUACAGGCAGAUAUCAAAAAGAAGAAUCCAGACUUGAAAGUGGUGUGGUUUAAUAAAGGGCUGUGA